AUGAACGCAGAUGUAGCGGAGGUCACAAAUGUAUUGGCAAACCAACAACCGUUUCAAGAGCCUUCUUUCACGCGGUCGUUGGAUUUGGAGGCUAUGCAUGCACCGGAGUUUCCUCAAUACAUGAAUACAGCAAAGCUUCCUAUUGUGGUGGAUAGUGAAUUCACGGUUGGAAUGAAAUUCAGUUCGAGAGAGGCAAUAAUCAAGGUGAUGAAGGAUUAUACCAUCCGUAGAGGUGUAGACUAUAGGGUGUAUGAGUUGGAACCGACGACAUUCUAUGCUAAAUAUUCCAAGACAGUUGCAGAAACAAUUAAGCCGUUGGUAGAGGUUGACCCAUCUAUAAAGGUGAAAUCAGUCAUUGCAGAAGUACAGUCGAAGUUUAACUACACCAUCAGUUAUCGCAAAGUAUGGUUGGCAAAGCAGAAGGCGGUGGAGUCAAUCUUCGAAGGUUGGGAAGCAUCGUACGAAGCCUUGCCCAUAUGGUUUGAGGCCAUGUGUUACAAGGAGCCGUCAGCGGUGGUUCACUUUGAAAUAAUGCCUGCAUACCAGGGGGAUGAUUUAGUUCCUGAUAUCUGUGUACUGCAUCGAGUCUUCUGGAAUUAUUACCCUUUGGAGGGAAAGACUUCUGAGGCGUGGUACUUUUUUCUAAGUAACUUGCGCCAACAUGUGGUGACACGCGAUGGUGUAGGACUUAUCUCUGAUCGACACGAUUCCAUCAGGUUAGCUAUUGCUCGUAGUAAUGGGGCUUGGUCUCCUCCUAGAGCUUUCCAUAUGUUUUGUAUAAGGCAUAUUGAGUCGAAUUUCUUGAGGAAGUUCAAGACACCUUACCUGCAAAAGCUUAUCGUCAACAUCGGAUAUUCGAGGACGAUUCGAGAGUACUAG